CCAUGCUUGCUCUGGAGGCUGCACAGCUGGAUGGCCCACACUUAAACUGUUUGGUUGGGGAGGGAAUGUCUCCAAGGCCUGAGAUGACCCUGUCCUCACUCCGGCAGUACCCAGAAGGUGUCUUUUAUGACCUGGACAGCUGCAAGCCCUUCAGUUACCCAGAUUCAGAUGGGGGCCUUGACUCCACAUGGGGUUGGACAGAGGCCCCGCCUGCCCCUGCCAUCGCUCCUUAUGAAGCCUUCGACCCUGCUACAGCUGCCUUUGCCCACUCCCAGGCUGUGCAGCUCUGUUAUGGUCACGGUCCCAGCCCCUCCACCUACAGCCCUGUGGGGACCCUUGACCCAGCCCCCAGCUUGGAGGCCCCAGGGCCUGGCCUCCAGGUAUACCCCUCAGAGGACUUCACCAGCCAGACCCUGGGCUCCUUGGCUUAUGCUCCGUACUCCAGCCCUGUGCUAUCAGAGGAAGAAGACAUUCUCCUGGACAGCCCUGCCCUGGAGGUCUCGGACAGUGAGUCAGACGAGGCCCUCUUGGCUGGCUCCGAGGGGAGGGGAUCUGAGGCAGGUGCACGCAAGAAGCUGCGCUUGUACCAGUUCUUGCUGGGGUUGCUCCUGCGCGGGGACAUGCGCGAGUGCGUGUGGUGGGUGGAGCCAGGUGCCGGUGUCUUCCAGUUCUCCUCCAAGCACAAGGAGUUGUUGGCUCGCCGCUGGGGCCAGCAGAAGGGCAACCGCAAGCGCAUGACGUAUCAGAAGCUGGCCCGAGCGCUGCGCAACUAUGCCAAGACAGGCGAAAUCCGCAAGGUCAAACGCAAGCUCACCUACCAGUUUGACAGCGCACUGCUGCCAGGCGCCCGGCGUGCCUGAGUGUCCCGCCGGAACCCCUUUCUGACCCCUAAGUCCUAACGCCCAUGGAGCCCAUAUGGGAGAGCAGCCACGGUCCUCAGCUCUCCCCAGGGCCUCCCCAGAGUCUCCUGUGCCAUGUAUGGGAUUCCAAUCCAGGAUGGUCGUGUUUGAGGGCGCAUUGGCCGUUCUACAGGGUUCCAGAAUGACAGGUUUCUCUGUGGGGGCCCCUGGUGUUGUCUACAGUUCCAGAAUCCACAGAUUCUUCUUACGAGCCCUGUGGUCUCACACGCCAUCCCACCAGCAGGUGGCGCUGUCUUCAGUCCCCAAAGCCUGGUGUCUGUUGGCCAGAUGGGUUCCUCUGUGCUCCCCUGAGGCCCUGUCAGAUCUGAGAUCUAGUUAUGUUUGGAGCGCCAUGAGAACCCUUUGCCACCCGUGUGUGACUUUUCUCUGUGUCCAUUUAUGACUUUCGUUUGUUUGAGACAGGGUCUCACCAUGGAGUUCAGGCUGGCCCCCAACAUGUGACAAUCCUCCUGCCUCAGUCUCCCGAGUGCUGGGAUUACAAGGUUACACCAUCAGACCAGGUGUUUUCCUUUUUUGAGAGAAGAUUUUACUAUGUAACCUAGACUGUCCUCAAGCUUGUGGUGACCCUUUUGCCUCAGGCCUUCCAUAGGAGCCUCUGGGAUCUAUGUCUGAGAUGAAUGGUUGGGUAGGGUAGGGGUGGGGUGUUCAGUGACAAUCUUGUAGGUUUGGCUCUACCCUUCUGGGGUCUUUUGAUCAUAUGAGAAGUUCUCUAGGCUUUUAGGAGCCCUACAUUCACACACUGACUGUCCUGUUUGAGGUGUGACCUGUGUAUUGUGUUUGAGGGUCAUGCUGGCACUUGGCUAGCGUGGGAUAUGUGGCAGAGAGUAUGGCUGUGGCAAGGCCUGUGUGUGUGCACGUGCGUGUGUGCCUUUUAUUUUUGAGAUUGGGUCUUCUGUAGCUCAGGCUGGCCUUGAACCCACUAUGUAGCUGAGGCUGACCUUGAGUCCUUGCUUCAGCCAAAAUGCUCAGAUGUCAGGCAGCACCACAUGACUGUUUCUUUCCUUUUUCUUAAGUCAAGGUCUAUUUGUGUAGCCCAGGCUGCAUCAAGCUCAUAACACUCUUCCUGCCUCCGUGUCUGGAGUGCUAGGACUACGAACAUGUCAUACCACACUGUGCUUACCCAUAAACAGACUUCUAGAGCUGGUCACCCCCCACCCACAAGGCAGGCAAAUUAAGUCCCUGCAGGUGCUUUCUUCAGAGGAAAGUCCGCUCUCACAGUAGUUUUUCAAACCAGAGGGCACUACCAUAAUCCAGAUAUCUGAAUGUGAAUCUUUGGACAACUGGUGAUCUCUGGCUAGCUUUUCUGGGGCCAGCCUCUGUCCAGGCAUCUGCCCAGGACCCUGCCCAGUGCCUGUCUGUCUCUCACCAGUGACUUCUCACAGCUGCCUGUUCGGGCCCAAUCUUUUGUCUUUCAAGUGCUGAAGGCCAAGCAGGCUCAAACUGUGGGUUUCUCUUGGGCCUCCAUGGCAGAAGCAGAAUCCGGAGCUUCGAAGCCUGAGUGAGCUGGGCCACCCAAGCUUCUGUCCUCUGAGAAACAGGAGGUGAAGAGGCCCUUAAAACUCUUUGCAACCCUGAUGAGCCUGUGACACACCUGAACUCAUGUCUGUAGGUGGCCAGGAGGGGGAAAAGGAUCAUGGAAGAUCCAGAUGUCCAUGUGGUCAAGGCUAAACUGUACCAAAUAAAAUUAUUUCUUUGAAACCCCACAUCAUCAUUCUACAUGCAUAAUUAAUAAAGCCCUACAUCAAAAUUAA